CAGGGGCAGGCUUUCAUCAGGUCCUGAUAGGAAUGUAUUCGUCAGCUGUAUUAUCAUCGGUCGAUAAUUAAUUAACAGGGCUCUUAUGUUACUUAUAUUUUAUAUAUAUUAAUCUAAACGUAUAGUGAGCUACAAGUAUCUAUUCAGUUGAGUUAAGACGGUGGAGCGGUGAAGGUGCUAUAAUGAGCAACCAGGACCUGGGGCUGCGCCGCUUCGUUUCUUAUCCGCUCCCCAGUGUAUGGAGGUGGGUCUGCGCUGUCCUCCGUCCGCAGUACAGUGCUUUCGACCCGACCGUUAACGGGCUACCGACCGGUGGAUACGGCACACUUAUUAUUUACUGACUGUAAUCCAGCGGCCAGCCGUUUUCGUCCAGCCGCCGCCUUUUCUCUCUGCUAUGUCGGGAGCGGCCGGCGGCGGGGCGCCCUCUUGCGGCGGCGCGGCCGGACCCUGCGCGCCCGGAGCCGGCGGUGGCGGCGUGGGCAUCGCGGGGCGCCUUCCCAGCCGCGUCCUGGAGCACAUCUUCUCGUACCUGGAGCUGCCGGAGCUGAUGCGCUGCUCGCUGGUGUGCUGGCACUGGAACCGCUGCUUGUCGGACGAGAAUAGCGAAGUGUGGCGGACCCUGUGCGGCCGCGCCCUGAGCGAGGAGGCGCUGCGCUCCGAUAUCCUCUGCAACAUCCCCACCUACAAGGACAAGCUGAAGUCCUACCAACAUGCCCUCAGUUCCCACGACUGCUCGCGCAACGUCUACGUCAAGAAGAACGGUUUCACCCUGCACCGCAACCCCAUCGCCCAGAGCACAGACGGGGCGCGCGGCAAGAUUGGCUUCUCCGAGGGCCGCCACGCCUGGGAGAUCUGGUGGGAGGGGCCACUGGGCACGGUGGCAGUAAUCGGCAUAGCCACCAAGCGGGCGCCCAUGCAGUGCCAGGGUUAUGUAGCGCUCCUGGGCAGCGACGAUCAAAGCUGGGGCUGGAACCUGGUCGACAACAGCCUGCUACAUAACGGCGAGGUCAACGGCAACUUCCCCCAGUGCAACAACGCCCCCAAGUACCAGAUCGGCGAGAGAAUCCGCGUCAUCCUGGACAUGGAAGACAAGACGCUGGCCUUCGAGCGAGGGUUUGAGUUCCUCGGGGUAGCUUUCCGGGGACUUCCCAAAGCCUGCCUCUUCCCAGCGGUGUCGGCCGUGUAUGGAAACACGGAAGUGACUAUGGUGUACCUGGGGAAGCCCCUGGAUGGAUAGAAAUGCCCUCAUCGGACGCGGCUCUGUUGGCAAAGGUGUGCCAAGGACUCACACAGAGUGUGUAGCAACAUUCUGGGAUGGGAGACAGGAGUGCCACACACACACACACACACACACCCCGUAGAGACUCCUCCAUUCAGUCAUAGUGGACUUAGAGAAUCUAUUAACAUGUCUCAGUGUGGACUCAUGGACUUAUUUGCUGGGAAAUUUUAACAUGUAUACUGUACAAGGGAAAACUUUUUAUUCCAUUUUAUUAAGAGGCAGCAUGGCUUAAAUCCCCAGGACAUCUGCUGAAACAAGGCCAAACGCGACGGGGACAGUGGCAAACGAUUACAGCGUAGUUUCAGGAAAUCAGGUUAUCCGACACGCUCAUAGUGACCGUUAAGAUGACACGUAGUCAUGGCUUUCUUAUCGUUCUUCCUCCGUGUGCAUCAUGAUCCUAUAAGUCUCUCCUAGAUGACUUAGCCAUUUGGGUCAGGGUUCAAGGACCUUUAUGGUGGCUGACUAGUGGCAUGCAGUCAAACAUGGAGCCUUUCUUUGAGUAUGCGUAAACUGAACCCUACUGUACAAUGUGACCCCGCCAUGUUUACCCCCUUUUGUUGUCAUAUGGUGUAUCAUGAAGUGUAUUUAUUGGAUUUUAUCUUUGCUACCAGUGAGGUCAAAAAGCCUUUAAAUAAAGACUGUGUAGAUUACA